AUGUCUGGAGAGUGGAUGCAUCGACGGGAGAUCGCUAAGGAAAGGGAGGAUUGGACUGGGCGGGUGAGAAGGAGGGCUGACAGCUCUAGCUUGAAGACCCGCUUAUUUUUGCAGAUUUUAUCAUCAUUGCUGGUCCGAGCAUCGUGUGGAAUGGCAGAUGUGGUACAAGAGGCAUGCGGCAGGUGCGGAAGAGGCAUGGGAAUGCCUGAUGUGACGCGUGAAGCUUAUUUGUGGAAUGGCAAUUGGGUGGAAAAGUGCGGAGCAGGCAGAUAG